GCCAAGGGAUGCUUUCCCCGGGAGAAGGGCGGGAUGAAGGGAAACGCAAGCGCGGUUGGGGGCAGGGCAGGGGAGGGGGGGAAGAGAGCGGGAUAAAAGGGAGGAGGAAGGCGAGUCGCCCUUAAGGAGUUAAGCCGCCUGUAUACCGCUUGGUCCCCCGCCAAGCUUACUCAGAAGAAUAGAUUAGCACCAAAGAAUUCUAAAGCCUACAAUACCCAUAUUCAAACCCUGGGACCAGAUGUCCUCAAAACUCUACUCCUAAGUCAUAGUAGUUGAAGAAUAAACAAACAUCUGUGACUGACGUAGCUGCCUUUCAAAUAGGCUAAUACCUCUGUCGGGGCAAAUCACUUUGGAGAAACAGACCAAGAGACAGCAGAAUCAAAAUGAAGAUAGCUUUUGUUCUCAUUUUGAUCCUUCUAAUCAGUUUCAUAGAUGCCUCACCUCUACUGCCAGAAAAACAAGCCAAGCAGCUUCUGAGAACCCGUCGUGAAGACAGACCAAGAAAAGCUGGCUUCCCUGACGAACCGAUGAGGGAGUACAUGCUUUACCUUCAGCAGCUGGAGCAACGAUCUGAAGAACAGUUCCUUGAGCACUGGUUGAAUCCACACUGCUACCCACAUUGCAACAGGGAUUUAGUUUAUCCAGUGUAAAUGGCCUUGUUUUUUCUCAUGAGUGUAAGCAUUUUUCUUUUUCCAUCUCCACCCACCCACAGUUCUUUCUGAGCAGAAAUCUAGAUGUUGUAAUUUCUGCCGUGUAGUAGGAUUUUUAAAUAUAGCAAAUCAAUGUUUUACAAUACUGUACUUUUUCUCAGAUUAUCUUCUAUGCGAAAAAAGGGGGUGGG